AUGGUGCGGCAUAGGAAAGUUGGUCAUGUUCAGUUAAAGCACGGCAAUAACAAUGAAACGAGCAGCAGUUCAAAUAAUAGUGAAUCUUCUUUUGCUAGUCGGACGUUUAAAGUGCUUUCAAUAUGGAAAACCCUUGUGGGUUUUGUUUGUUUUCUGAUAGCAGUCUAUGUGGGCACAUUGGGUUAUUUGGAGACGAGAGUGAACACUCCUUUUGAUAAUGAAAAGGUCGUACAAGAGACUGGUUUGGAUGUACCACAGCGAUAUUGGGGUUCAUACAGGCCUGGAGUUUACUUUGGUAUGAAGAGUCGGGAACCCAAGUCACCUGUUUUUGGUCUCAUGUGGUAUGAUUUAGCAGCUGUAUCACAUAAAGGAAUCAGGCAUUGGUGUGACCAGAAUGACAACCUGCCUUCUUAUGGUUGGCUUCGUCAUGACGGAAUCUCAUUCGGUGAGCAGUCCAUAUCGGACCCACCUCACACUAUUGUCACUUCAUUUGUGAAAACAACUGGUGGUGCUCAUGGGGGUCAUUGGACUGCAAGAAUAAAUAUCACCGCACAGAAUAAUGCUAACAGUCACUUCAUGUUGAUAUGGUAUGGAGCCCUGGAUGAAUCUCUAGGACCUGAGUCUUCCCGUCUGUGGGUGGAGGGGGGAGCCUUAAUGGGGCACACGCCGCAGUUGGACCACUUCAGGGUCACUCUGGUACCGCAAAAAGGAAAGAUAAUACAUUCUGCGUACUCGGAGGCUCACGCGCCAGGCCUCCAUGUGUUGAAGGAGAAAUUCUAUUCCUUGUUGAAGGUACAGAAGCAUCCGGGCUUCGGUCGCGUAGCAGUUGUUGGACCUGACGAAGAACUGGAUGGAAAGGACAAGGAAGUGAAUUUUGUUCCGAUCCAACUAUUGGUGGAGACUCCGUUCGUUUUAGACGUGGUGUAUACAACGGAGGAUCUACCUACUCCUCCGCUGCAAGGUCAUGAUUAUCAGAAAGCAUUGGAUGAAAAGAAGAAAAUGUUCGAUGAUAAAUUUGAGAAUACAUUUAAACUACUUGAGAAGGGUUAUCCGGAAGAAGAUGUGUCAAUAGCCAAAGCGGCAUUCUCCAACAUGUUGGGGGGUGUUGGUUACUUCUAUGGUGCGGGACGCGUCCAAUCUCAGUACACUAGGGAACCUGUACCGUAUUGGCGCGCGCCUUUAUACACCGCCGUGCCGAGCAGGUCUUUCUUUCCACGAGGGUUCCUAUGGGAUGAGGGUUUCCAUGGGUUACUCAUUGGUCGCUGGUCAGUUGACAUUCAGAUGGAUAUCAUAGCUCACUGGCUGGACUUGAUCAACGUGGAGGGCUGGAUACCUAGAGAACAAAUAUUGGGAACGGAAGCUUUGGCUAGGGUUCCCAAAGAGUUUGUUGUGCAGAGUAACUCAGCGGCCAACCCACCGAUGUUACUUAUACAGCUGGCGGGAAUGAUCAGAAGGAACCCGGAACUGUUCGCGCCAGAUACCACGCACAGGAGGACGCUGGAACGAAUGUAUAACAGGUUGAAGGCAUGGUACAAUUGGUUUCAAACUACACAAAAAGGUGAGGAGCCUACAUCGUACAGGUGGCGAGGAAGAGAUGAUGAUGAGCUACAAUUAAAUCCUAAAACAUUGACAUCUGGACUGGACGACUACCCGAGAGCUUCGCAUCCUUCAGACAUAGAGAGACAUGUCGAUCUUCGUUGUUGGAUGUAUGCAGCCGCCGAUAGUCUUUCACUAAUAGCGACCACCAUCGGGAAGGAUCCUGACAAAUUCGAUGCCGUACGCGCUGAACUUUCCGACGAAGAUCUUCUGAAUGAGUUACAUUGGUCACCUCAUACUCGCACGUAUGCUGAUUAUGGUCUUCAUACAGACGGUGCACGUCUCGUUAAAGUUAAUCCUAAGCACCCCAACGAGAGCCCUAAGAUGGUACGCGUCGUUACUUCACCACCCCAACCUAGACUUGUCACGUCCGCGUUCGGUUAUGUCUCAUUAUUCCCGAUGCUGUUGAAAGUGCUUAAGCCGAAGAGCGAGAAUUUGGGUAAAAUCCUGGAAGACCUGGACAAGCCGGGACUUCUGUGGUCUCCUUAUGGAUUGAGGUCUUUGUCAAAAUCUUCGCCUUUAUACAUGAAACGUAAUACGGAACACGACCCACCAUACUGGCGGGGCCAGGUGUGGGCCAACGUGAACUAUCUGGCGUUGUCCGCUCUCAAACACUACGCCUCCUCAUUGGGCCCACACUCGGCCCGUGCUGCGGAGCUCCACUCGAGACUUCGAGCCAAUUUCGUUCGUAACAUAUUGUCCGAGUAUAAGCGUACUGGAUACCUUUGGGAACAAUAUUCUGGUGAGGAUGGUAAAGGUUCUGGUUGUAGACCGUUCACUGGAUGGACAGGAUUAGUUACUCUUAUAAUGGCAGAAGACUAUUGA